AUGGCUUCAAAUCCUCCUCCAUUUCAGGUGGAGGAUCAGACCGACGAGGAUUUCUUUGAUAAAUUGGUUGAAGAUGACCUGGGGCCCGCCGAAUCAGGCCCCAAAUGCAACGAAGGAAACGAUUCCGAUGACGCUAAGGCAUUCACCAAUCUGAGUAGUGGUGAUUCUGUAGCAGCUGUAUCUGAGGAUUCUGGUGCCAAUGCCAAAGCCAAAGACGACGAAAAUAAGGCGUUCGCCAAUCUGACUAUUGGUGAUUCUGCAGCUGUAUCUGAGGAUUUGGGUGCCAGAACCAAAACAAAAGAUGAAAUAGGUCCUGAUGAGUCGAAUUCAUUCGGGUUCCGUAACGUAAUAGAGUCGAAGAAUUCGGUUAUUGAUGACGGAGUGAUUCAGUCCAAUAAUGAUGGGGCGGGAUCUCAAUUGACGUCAGAUUCCAGAAUGAGCAAGAGCAACGAUUCUGGAGCUUCAGGGGUGAAGGAGAUAGGGUGGGGUUCGUUUCAUGCUGAUUCUGCAGAAAAUGGGAUUCAUGGGUUUGGAUCGUACUCAGAUUUUUUCAAUGAAUUGGGAGAUAGUUCUGGGGAUUUCCCCCCGAAAGUAGACGGAAAUUUGAGUACUAAAUCAAAAACUGCACCCAGUAAUGAAGAUCAUACAGCACAAGGUUUGAACCAUUCGGUUAAUGACGAGCAAUAUCAAGAGGGCCAAGCUUAUGGAGCAACUGUGGAGGAAAGUAGAAAUGAGCAGGAUCUAAAUAGUACGGAGUAUUGGGAAAGUCUUUAUCCAGGGUGGAAGUAUGACCCUAACACGGGGCAAUGGUAUCAAGUGGACAGUUUCGAUGUGCCUGCAAAUGCUGAAGGGAGCUUCGGCACUGAUUCAGCCAGUGAUUGGGCCACUGUUUCUGAUAACAAAACUGAGGUUUCUUAUUUGCAGCAAACGGCUCAUUCCGUUGUGGGAACUGUGACUGAAACUAGCACGACUGGUAGUUUGUCAAACUGGGAUCAGGUCUCACAAGGGACUAAUGGGUACCCAGCACAUAUGGUUUUCAAUCCUGAAUACCCGGGUUGGUACUAUGAUACAAUUGCGCAAGAAUGGCGCUCAUUGGAGGGGUAUAAUUCCUCUCUGCAACCGACUGCUCAAGCCCAGAAUGAUACUAGUUUAUAUGGUGAGUACAGGCAAGAUAGCAAUUAUGGGUCGCUAGGAGUGGGUAGCCAAGGUCAAGACAGCAGCUGGUCUGGGUCUUAUAGUAAUUACAAUCAACAGGGUUCAAAUAUGUGGCAAGCUCAGACUGGAACUAACAAUGAGGCUUUUUCAAGUUUUGGUGGAAACCAGCAGAUGAGUAAUUCGUUUGGUUCAACAGUCAACAAGGACCAGCAGAAGUCAUUAAAUUCUUUCGGAGCAGUUCCUUUGUACAACAAAGCGAGUCAAGGUCAUGGUGAGGCUAAUGGGACUGUCGGGUUCCAAAGUUUCCUCCCAGGUGGUAACUUUAGCCAGCAGUUUAAUCAAGGAAAUGCAAAGCUGAUCGAACAAACACAAUUCUCAGAUGAUUACUAUGGCAAUCAGAAACCUUUAAAUUAUCCCCAGCAACCUUUCCAGAGUGGCAAUCAGUUUUCGUAUGCUCCCAGCGUAGGAAGAUCAUCUGCUGGGCGUCCUCCACAUGCCCUAGUAACUUUUGGAUUUGGUGGGAAACUCAUUGUAAUGAAGGACAAUAGUAGUCUCACGAAUUUGUCAUAUGGAAGUCAGGACCCUGUAGGAGGCUCAGUUUCUGUCCUGAACUUGAUAGAAGUUUUUACGGAAAAGACUGAUGCUUCAAGUUUUGGAAUGAGUACUUGUGAUUAUUUUCGUGCUUUGUGCCAACAAUCCUUCCCAGGUCCCUUGGUUGGAGGGAGUGUUGGAAGCAAAGAGUUGAACAAAUGGAUGGAUGAGAGGAUUGCUAACUGUGAAUCAUCAGAGAUGGACUAUAGGAAAGGCAAAGUAUUGAGGUUGCUUCUUUCUUUGCUUAAGAUAGCUUGUCAACAUUAUGGAAAACUUCGAUCUCCUUUUGGAACCGACAAUGUAUCGAGGGAAAGUGACACUCCAGAAUCAGCAGUUGCUAAACUUUUUGCAUCCGCAAAGAGCAAUGGUGUACAAUUCAGUGAGUAUGGUGCUCUUAGUCACUGUGUGCAGAAAAUGCCUUCAGAAGGACAAAUGCGGGCAACUGCUUCUGAGGUACAAAAUCUUCUGGUUUCUGGUAGAAAGAAAGAGGCUUUACAAUGUGCACAAGAAGGUCAGUUGUGGGGACCUGCGCUUGUUAUUGCUUCACAGCUUGGGGAACAGUUUUAUGUUGAUACUGUGAAGCAAAUGGCACUUCGUCAGCUGGUUGCAGGAUCACCCUUGCGGACAUUAUGCCUGCUCAUUGCCGGGCAACCUGCUGAAGUGUUCUCUGCUGACACUACAUCUGAGAUCAAUCGACCCGGUGCUGUUAAUACCCCUCAACAACCUGCACAGUUUGGUGCAAAUAAAAUGCUUGAUGACUGGGAGGAGAAUCUGGCUGUGAUAACUGCAAACAGAACAAAAGAUGAUGAACUCGUAAUUAUUCAUCUUGGAGAUUGCUUAUGGAAGGAUAGGAGUGAGAUUACUGCAGCACACAUCUGCUAUUUAGUGGCAGAAGCAAAUUUUGAGUCAUACUCCGAUAGCGCAAGACUAUGUCUAAUUGGAGCAGAUCACUGGAAAUCACCUCGAACUUAUGCUAGUCCGGAGGCCAUUCAGAGGACUGAACUAUAUGAAUAUUCAAGGGUGCUUGGAAACUCUCAGUUUAUCCUUCUACCAUUUCAGCCAUAUAAGCUCAUAUAUGCGCACAUGCUUGCUGAAGUUGGAAGAGUUUCUGACUCGUUGAAGUACUGUCAAACAAUACUAAAGUCUUUGAAAACCGGAAGAGCACCAGAAGUGGAAACGUGGAAGCAGCUAGUAUUAUCUCUUGAGGAGAGGAUUAAAACCCAUCAGCAGGGUGGAUACUCUGUAAAUUUGGUUUCUACAAAGUUUGUAGGUAAAUUGCUCAACUUGUUUGAUAGUACUGCACAUCGUGUUGUUGGGGGCCUACCGCCACCUGCACCAUCCACAUACCAAGGAAGUACUCAAGGUAAUGACCAUUACCAGCAGCCAAUGGGCCCCAGAGUAUCUGCUAGUCAAUCAACAAUGGCCAUGUCGUCGUUAAUUCCUUCUGCUUCAAUGGAACCCAUAAGUGAGUGGGCAGCUGAUGGCAAUAGAAAGCCAAUGCAUAAUAGAAGUGUUUCAGAGCCAGACUUUGGUAGAACUCCAAGACAGGUUGAUUCAUCAAAGGAAACGGCUUCACCUGAUGCCCAAGGAAAAGCCUCAGGGGGUACUUCUCGCUUUGCUCGUUUUGGUUUCGGGUCACAGCUGUUGCAAAAGACUGUGGGUCUAGUCUUAAGACCUCGCCCAGGCAAACAGGCUAAGUUGGGUGAAACAAAUAAGUUCUACUAUGACGAAAAACUUAAGAGAUGGGUUGAGGAAGGUGUUGAACCCCCAGCUGAAGAAGCUGCCUUGCCUCCUCCUCCGACAACUACGGCCUUCCACAAUGGUGUGUCUGAUUACAACUUGAAAUCUGUUUUGAAGAAAGAAGGGUCUCCCACUAAGGGCAGCCCAGAUUUACAAACUUCAACCCCUCCAGGACCAACUUCAGGAACCCCACCUAUUCCACCCAGCUCAAAUCAAUUCUCAGCUCGUGGACGGUUGGGUAUUCGGUCCAGAUAUGUUGACACAUUCAACCAAGGUGGUGGAAGCCCAGCAAACUUGUUCCAGUCACCUUCUGUUCCAUCAGUUAAGCCUGCUGUGGCUGCCAAUGCAAAGUUUUUCAUUCCCACCUUAGGAUCAUCAAGUGAACAGACUAUGGAGGCUAUUGCUGAAAGUGUGCAAGAAGAUGUUGCAACUAAAGAAGUUCCCUCAACAUCUGCUAGGAAUGACCCAUUCCAGACUCCUCUGCCCCCAUCUUCAACGACCAUGCAAAGGUUCCCGAGCAUGGGUAAUAUUCAUGGCAUGGAAGUUGCUACAAAUGCUAAUGGCUCUGUUCCACCCCACUCACGACGGACGGCCUCUUGGGGUGGAAGCUCCAAUGAUGUAUUUAGCCCUCCUCCCAAAAUGGGGGAAAUAAAACCUCUAGGGGAGGCAUUAGGCAUGUCCCCAGCUGUGUUUAGGCCUAGUGAGCCUUCUAUGAUGCGCGUGCCAAUGAAUGGUGGCAGUUUUGGUGAUGAUCUUCAUGAAGUGGAACUUUGA